AUGUCGUUUCUUACUCCAUCGGCGUCGUCCAUUAAUGGGACGUUUCACACGCCCGAGGAGGAUACAUUUUUGCAGACGCGGCGGCGAAUCGACUUUUCGGCGCCAAACGCGACAAAUCUGUCCACUCCCAUUGCAUUGAAUCGACCUUCCCCAUCACCCAGCAAGUCCACACGCACUCUUUCUCCCAGUCGAUCAAACGUCGCGGUGAACACGCCCAUUAAGCCGUUAGUAUAUUCGCCGUUCAAGGUUCCGCAGACUGGUAGACCGCUAUUAGCCUCGACACCACUUGCUGGCCCCAACACCCCAUCCAAAGGACCAAUGUCGCCUCUUCUGCGCAAGAAGUUCCAAGAACAAGCACCCGAAUCCUCAGAACAAACCCAGGACAACUCGUUCGCGUCCCUAAAUAGUCAGAUCUAUCAGCGUUCGAUCUUUAAGCCCAGACGGAAAACUCCUCUCCAAGAAAUCUCCAAUAAAGUGGUGGAGGAGAAGCCGGUCAAGCUGGAUCCCCAGGACGACUCCGAGCUUCAGAGCCCGUACGUGGAGCUCGCAUUACAACGCAUGGUGAACAAAGAUACCGAGGUUCGCAAAGUGAUCAUCAGCACAUUAAUCAUUCUAUUGUACAGAUUUCUUGUUGCCGUGGUGGUGCUGGUCAACGUCAAGAUUCGUUUGAAAGACGGAACCUCGCUAUUCCCCUCGGUUGUGGCUCAGUACGCGGGCUACUUGAACAAACUGAUCUACGGAGUUUUGGUGCUGAACAUUGUUGUGAGCUCGAUACGGCUGUUGCGGCCCCAGGACAAAUGCCUGGAUCUGCCCUUGACGAGUCGCCAGCGGAAACUGCUUGGACUGCCGCUUGUGAACGGCACAGAUGUGCAGGAAGACCUUGUUCCAAAGGAAGGUUCUCUCAAGGCUGUGCAGGGAAGCCCGGCCAAGGAAAUGGCCGACACGUCGCUGCUGGCGUUGGACAUUUCGCGGUCGUUUGCCAACAUGAACAUCUCACAGACCAAGAUCCCCAACACAGUGAUCCACGAAACGCCGCAGGAACGGAUCCGGAACCAGCUUCUCUCGAGAGACAAAGGUCCUGCCUCGCCACAAGCACGCUUCCAGAAGCCGUCGAGCAAGUUUGUCUACGACACGGCCUCGCGGAGCGCGUAUGAUGUCAAUACGUCAGAUGUAUCAUUCUAUUAA